AGCAUUGACUAGUUUCAACAUAUCCUUGCUUGGAGAGAAUAUCGGAACUUGGACUACAUUUUUUUUAUUGAAUAACGUAUUCUGGAAAUCACCAUCUUAAGGAUAGGAUCGCUCCCACGUUGAUGAUGAUGGAUGCAAGAUUAUCGGUCUCUGCCUUCGUUCUCUCCUCGGUUUUCUUUCUUGUUCUCCCUCGUAACACGUAUGGAGACAUGAGCUACUCUGCUCCUGAGGAAGCGAAGCGUGGAUUUGUCAUUGGAAAUAUAGCCAAAGAUCUCGGACUGGAUGCGAAGAGAUUCUCUGAUCGCAAAGCUCGGUUGGAUAUGGAUGACAUCAGUCAACGUUAUUGUGACAUCAACCUCGCGGCUGGCAACCUUAUUGUGACGGAAAGAAUAGAUAGAGAGGAGCUGUGUGGUUCGAAGGUUACUUGUGCAUUAAAAUAUGAGCUUGUGCUUGAAAACCCUCUGGAGCUGCAUCGUAUUACUGUGCAAAUUCAAGACGUAAAUGACAAUUCACCUCGUUUCCCAAAUGAACGCAUUAAUCUAGAAAUAASGGAAUCGGCUGAUAAAGGMSYYCGUUUUCCCUUAGACGAAGCSCAUGAUGCAGACAUAGGAUUAAACACGGUGCAAAGCUAUACGCUCGACAGGAAUGAACAUUUUGUUUUGGCCGUUCAUACAAAUAGAGAUGGUGGGAAAUACAGUGAGUUGGUGUUAGAAAAAGAGCUGGAUCGAGAAAAGCAAGAGGAGGUGACGUUGUUACUUACUGCGGUUGAUGGUGGGACUCCACAGAGAUCUGGUACUGUAGUUAUACACGUUACAGUGUUGGAUGCUAACGACAAUAUUCCAGUGUUUACUCAGAACGUCUAUAAGGUCAGCCUACCUGAGAAUUCUCCAUUAGGUACCGUAGUAAGUACAGUGACUGCUAUUGAUGCAGACGAGGGACCUAAUGGCGAUGUGACCUAUGAACUUGGUCGUAUAAGUAACAAAGCAGGGAAGCUGUUUUUGAUUAACAAGACAACCGGAUAAAUAAAAGUGA